AUGGAUUCGGAUGCUCUUCCAGAAGACGAGAGAUCAGAGGAGCUCUCGUCCAUUGCCGCCAUCUUCCCAGAAAUCAAGAUUGACCCUUCGUCUCCGUACCGGGCGUCACUAGAUAUACCAGUGAAACCAGCGACGCCUCUGAACGUCUGCUUCUAUCAGCGCCCGGAAGUCGGCUUUCCUUCGGUGCUUACUCCUCCAACCUCCCUCGAUGCCAGCGAAGUCGGCCUCGGCUCCAAAGCCAAGUUAGAUGACCAGUCCAUGGCGGAUACGGAAAAAGAUGUGCAUGUCCUCGCACACCUACCACCUCUUAAUCUUGAGAUUGAGCUUCCGGAAGGCUAUCCUUCGAUCAAACCUCCCAUAUUUAAGCUCAACACCAAUCCACGUUGGUUACCCUUAUGGGCCGUUUCGAAAUUACUGGACGAUGGCAAGCGUCUCUGGGAAGAAUUUGGCCGGUCUCUCGUGGUAUUCAGCUACAUAGAUCAUCUGCAACAGCUGGCAGAAACAGCAUUCGGAAUCGACGAAGCUUCAGGCGGCGAAGUACGGCUUUCGCGGGAGCUAAAGAUUGCUUUACUAGACUUCAAUAGCAAAGCAGAGCGCGAGAAGUUUGAGCAGGAGACCUUUGAAUGUGGGAUCUGUCUUGAGCCCAAGAAAGGUGUUAACUGCCAUCGUCUCUUACUGUGCUCCCAUGUCUUUUGCAUACCUUGCCUGCAAGACUUUUAUAACACUUGUAUCACAGAGGGAGAUGUUGAGGGCGUCAAGUGCCUGGCGCCUGAUUGUGGUCAAGAACAAAAUCCACCAGCGGCCGGCCAGGGUAAUAUUCGCAAAAAGCGAGAUCGGACACUUAGCCCGUCGGAGCUACUGCAGAUACCUCUUGAACAAGAAACUGUGCAACGUUAUGUCUUCAUGAAAAGGAAGAGGAAGCUGGAAGCUGACAAGACAACUAUAUAUUGUCCUCGGCAAUGGUGUCAAGGUGCAGCGCGGUCAAAAAAGCACCCUAAACCUAUUGAUCCUAUGGCAGACGAUUUGGAGGAUUCUGGGGAUGAGUCAGAAGGCCUAAUCUUUGACCCCCUUGGGGAGGAGAGCCAACUGCCCCCGAUGGCGGAUCGCUUGGCCAUUUGCGAGGACUGCAACUACGCCUUCUGCUGCGUUUGUAAGAAAGGCUGGCACGGAGAACUAUUACGGUGCUUCCCUCGGCGACAGGCGGAGCUGACCGCAGAGGAGAAGGCGACAGAGGACUAUCUCAGAUUAUACACAUCCGCUUGUCCAACCUGCGAUGCUCCCUGCCAGAAACGCAUGGGCUGCAAUCACAUGAAAUGCUUCAAAUGCGAAACACACUUUUGCUAUCUCUGCUCCGCCUGGCUUGAGGAGGGAAAUCCUUAUCGACACUUCAAUGAUCUCGCCAGUCCAUGCUUUAACAGACUCUGGGACCUAGAAGGCGGCGACGGCAUUGACCCAGAAGGUGCUGAAGCUUUGCAUCAAGUCCCCGAACAGAUGAUCUUCGACGACGGUAGUGACGACGAUGAAGAACCACAACAAUGGGUGAUGGAUCGUGAGGCUAACGAGCCGAGGAACGGACGACAGCCUCCACCACCAGCCCCAGUUCCUCCACGUGUCAACCAAGUUGGUGGAAACCGCGCUCUAGGACGCAAUGCCAACGGUCUUGAUGCAGCAGGUCGAGCAGCCGCAGCUGAGCGGCAAGCUCAGGCCCGAGCCAUGGCGGAAAUCCGAGCCGGUCGUGUCCCUGAGCGCGCUGGGCAUGAACAACCCCCCGUCCCACAUGCUGGUCUCCAGCGAUUCCUCGAACUUGUUCAGAACGACCGCGAAGAUGAAUGGGAUAGUGACGAGCUCGAAGACGGUUUUUAA